UGACCAGUGGCUCCACUUCUCAUUUGUUUCACGCAAAUCUCGUUCUCUCCCGCGAGAUCACUGGUGAGAUCCGGCAUGGACGCGAACACAAACAGUGGCUCGUCUGCGCGAGCGGAAAGAAAACAGCGAGAAAAGGCGAAAAUCAUACAGCGUGAGAAACAGCGACAGACGCUGAAGACGAUCUCCAGGCUCCUGCAGAAGGCUGAGGGUGAGCGGUCGCAGGAGGACAGGGCUCUGCUGCAGGAGCAUCAGGACACGGUGCAGGAGCUGAGCCGCAGACAGAGCCGCAGAGCCCUGCUCAAGAGCAAACAGGACGAGGUGUUUGAUGACGCUGAGAACCUGAAGGUUAAAGUGAAGCAGCUGGCGGUGGAGCUGCAGCGGGCCAAGCAUGUGGUCAUCUACACCGGAGCAGGAAUCAGCACGGCCGCCUCCAUCCCAGACUAUCGGGGACCCAAUGGGGUGUGGACUCAGCUGCAGAAGGGCCGGUCUGUGAGUGCAUCAGAUCUGAGUCGAGCUGAGCCCACGCUCACACACAUGUGCAUCUGGAUGCUACACAAAGUCAAGAUGGUUCAGCAUGUGGUCUCGCAGAACUGUGAUGGUCUUCACCUGCGCAGUGGUUUGCCCCGACACGCUCUCUCUGAACUCCACGGAAACAUGUUCAUCGAGGUGUGUGAUUCCUGCUCUCCGGCACGGGAGUUCAUCCGGCUGUUUGACGUGACGGAGCGCACAGCUCUGCACAGACACGGGACGGGCCGUCUGUGUCCUCACUGCAGAGCCGAGCUCAGAGACACUAUAGUGCACUUCGGUGAGAGGGGCACCCUGGAGCAGCCGCUCAACUGGAAGGGGGCCGCCGAAGCGGCACAGCGGGCUGACCUCAUCCUCUGCCUGGGAUCCAGUCUGAAGGUGUUGAAGAAAUACUCGUGCUUGUGGUGCAUGAACAGACCAGCCAACAAAAGGCCAAAGCUGUACAUAGUAAAUCUGCAGUGGACACCGAAAGAUAACCUGGCUACUCUGAAGAUACACGGCAAGUGUGAUGCUGUGAUGGGUCUCCUGAUGGAGGAGCUGGGUCUGGAAAUCCCCGUUUACAACAGAUCACAAGACCCCAUCUUCGGCCUGUCUGAAGCGCUCAGUGCACAAGAGCAGGAGAGCCACACUCGUGAAGAGAUAGCGCCACCUGCUGCUCUGGAGGACGCUUCACCAGACGCACCGGCUCAGGGGGAGGCUACCGCGGUUCAGGGCGGCUGGUUUGGAAGAGGAUACGCUAAAGCACGGAGGAAGAAGAAGUCUGUGUAGCUCCUGAAGCAUGAUGUGCCACACAGCUGCUCUGUUGGGUUAGGACUGAGUCCUUUCCCUUCACACUCACUGCUUGAAUACAUGUUUUACUGAUGAACGUGAGGCUAAACCCUCAUGGGUUACACAGAACUGCUUUUCUGAAGAGAUAUAGCUGUUUAAAUAACUCCUAGAAGAGUACGCAGGUUUACAUGAUGGCUUGGUUUGGCUAAGUGCACUUUACUUCCAAUCUCAGGUUUAUUGAAGAAGCAAUAUAUGAUUCUUUUGACAGCAGUUUUAUGAGACGGCUGAAAUUUUGUUUUAUGGCUUUUGUUGUUUUUCACCUAAAAUAUGAAAUGGUCAUUUACUUGCUUUAUGUUGUUCCAAAACAUAAAAGAACAAUACUUUGUCUCGCAAAGGUGUUGCUGUAAAGAACAGCGUUAAUGUUCUGCUAAACAUCUUGUGUGUAAUGUUCAGAACAGCAUGUGGACAAAUAAAUGACCACCUUCAUCGUUUCUGAGUUUAUAGUUGUUUACAUGAAGUCAGUGUUACUGGAUUGAGUAGAAACGAAUGCUUCAUUUCAGUUCACUAUUACAAGAAUUAAUGUAACAGCUCCUCAACCAAAUAAUAGAACGUGUGUAUUUCUAUUAAAUGAAAUGUUUAUGUGGACUCUUAAUAUGGUGCUGUAACCGAUUAGAACCAGGAAUUACCUUUGUACCUUCCCUGUGUAAACAUAGGAUUGUAUCUGUACAUCUGAUCAACGCAACCCUCACAAUAACUGUAUCGUUGUAAUAACUUGAUCUGAGAUCAGUGUUUGUGUGUGACUGCUGUAAGUGCCAUUACCUGGUUUUGUACUAAUAACUAUGUUUUGUCUCAGAUAUCAUGGGCAUUCUGUGUACUACUGUAAAGAAAACAUGAGUAUUUAAAGAGUGACAUGAUUAUACUUGUAUUGAGAAUAAUUGAAAAUGGGACAGUUUCAACAUAUGCCACCAUAACACACUGCCAUUGUUUCUUGUAGGACACAUGAUUUAUUUGGCCCUUGAGAAAUAAAACGAGUGUAUUUUUAAAAAACUCA